AAUUUCUAAUGCAAAAUAUGACAUGAAGCAAUUUGCGACAAACGAGAGGAGGCCCAGGCGAGUAUAUAUAUCCGGCCCCCAUUCCCCAAAUCCCUUUCCAUCCUCCGCACCGUACGACCGCAACAACCUCCCCUUUUUCCGCCGGCGAGCGACCGAUCCGGCGGACGGACCAUGGCCGCGCUCGUCGGCGACGCCGCCUACUGGCUGGCGGAGCACCCGGACAUCGUGGGCUUCCGCUGGAGCCCCUCGGGCCUCUGGUUCUCCACCUGGGCCUUCCUCCUCGGCUUCCUGGCCACCUACGUGUCCCUCUGCCUCGCCGCCGACGCGCUCCUCCGCCGCCGGAAGCAGCCGCUCCCCCUGGGGCCCCUCCCGGCCGCGCACGCGCUCCUCAUGGCCGCCGUCUCGGCCGCCAUCUUCGCCGGCACGCUGCUGUCGGCGGUGGCGGAGAUACGGGACACGCGGUGGUCGUGGCGGGGCCGGAGCCGGACCACGCCGCUCCGCUGGCUCCUAUGCUUCCCGCCGGGGACCCGCUCGUCGGGCCGCGUCUUCUUCUGGUCCUACGCCUACUACCUCUCCCGGUACCUCCACGCGGCGCGCGGCGUGUUCGCGGUGCUCAGGCGCCGGCGCGGGGCGGCCGCCCGGGCGUUGGCGCACGCGGCCUCCGUCGCCAUGGCGUUCCUGUGGCUCGAGUUCUCGCAGUCGUUCCAGGUGCUGGCCAUCCUCGCGUCCACGCUCGCCCACGCCGUCGCCUUCGGGUUCCGCUUCUGGGUCGACAGCGCGGGGCUCCCGGCGGCGCGCGCCGCGCGGAGCGGGUCGCUGGCCUGCCAGCUCGGGCUGCUGGGGUGCAACCUGGUGUGCCACGCGGGGGUGGUGUGGAUGCACUUCGGCGGGGCGAUGGCCGGCGGGUGCAGCGGCAUCGGGGCGUGGGUGGUCAACACGCUGCUCAACGCCGCCCUGCUCUGGGUGUUCCUGCACUGCUACGGCACGCGCGGCGUCUGCGACGACGACGGCGUAACCGCCGCCGCCGCCACCGCCACGGUGAGCCUGAAGAAGAAGAAGAAGAAGGGGAUGUGAGAGCGGCGUGAGGUGAUCAGGGCCCCAACCAACCAACCAUUGUAAUAUACUCCUACUGUAGUACAAUCCAUUGGUGUACUGUACAUAUAGGUAGAGGCCGGCAUUGGCAUCGGCAUCGGCAUUCGGCAUUCGGCAUCUGGCAUCCCGAUGAGAUGAGAUGAGAUGAGAUGAGAUGAGCAGGUGACUCGCUGCUGCUAUAUACCAAAGCAAAAAACAUAAAAGAAAACAAAAUUCAAUUCUAAUUUAUAGAGAUGGGUACACAUACAUAGAUAGAUAGGAGCACAUACAUAUAUGCACGGGUGGAUCGACGAUUGGAUCGAACCCCUGCCGCUGCUGCUGAUGCUGAUGAUUAACUCGAUUCUUAUGCUCUGUUCUUGUGUUCUUGGCAAGGGGAAUUUUCUCCUCUUCUUCUUCUUUUUGGUUGAUUCGGUUCAGUGGGUGACAUCUGAACUGGAAAGAAAACAUCUAAGCUUCCUUUUGGAUGCAA